AUGAAACGAACCCGCACUGGCCUGGAAGCGGAUGAGUACGGGCCUGGGGAGGCUUCGGACUCUGCUAUUCGCGGAUCCAAAGUCUCGAGAAAGAUACGAGCCUGCCAGCAAUGCCAUACACGCAAGAUUCGCUGCGUUACAAACGAAGGGGCCCCCAAGUGCAUACGCUGCACCAAGAAUGGCUUUGAAUGCGUCGUGAACAAGAAUCUACAAGAUCUGUUGGAGGGGGAAUAUGACUGGAAAAAGGCCAUGGAGCAACAGAUGGAGUCCAUGCGUGCGUCCAUGGUAGACAUGAAGGCGAAGCUCGACAACCUGCAAUCGACUCAGCAACAAAUGGCACUCGCGACCACGUCCCCUGAGACGGUCUCCCGUCUCUCAGCUCCAACGCCUCAUUUGACUGCCAUGACGAGAGAGAACUCUCCCGAUACCCAUAGCGCAUCUAAAGACGAUGGUGCCAUUGUAGAUGCCCCUAUGGUGAGUCUCUUUCGAGCGACGAAACUACGCAACAUCAGAAGCGAUCCCAGUCGUGAUGGUAGAGCUGCCCUGGACCGCCACCGCCAACCGGACUUCAUCUCUCAAGGACGAAUCACUCUUGCAGAGGCGCAAAGUCUCUUUGCUGUAUUCCAAGGCACCCUCAACGCUUAUCUCUGGGGCGGUGUCGCCCUCGUCCACGCUACUCUCUCAUCAGCCAGGGAAUCAUCCUCACUCCUCGUCGCAGCAAUCUUAGCCGUAGCCGCCCUCCACACCCAAGACGAUGGCCAGAGCUUCGACCGCUGCUACGUCGUGUUUGCCGAGCUCGCCAGCCAGGCCAUGUUCCAGCGAUACCAUACUCUCGACGAUAUCCGUGGUCUCUGCAUAGGUGCCUUCUGGCUCUCAGACCUAAGCUGGAAACUUUCCGGGCUUGCUGUGCGCAUAGCUACAGAACUCAACAUCCACCAGCAUUGCGCCAGGGCUUUGCGUGGGGAGACUUCGCAUUGCGAGAAAGCGAGACUGUGGUAUCUACUAUAUGUUUGUGAUCAUCACUUCAGCAUUGCGUACGGGAGACCGCCUGUCAUAGCUGAGGACGUGACUCUGAUCAACCAUGAGGGAUUCCUUGCUCUUCCUGGGGCAAAGGGUUCUGAUGUGCGGCUUCAUAGUCAGGUUAGCAUAUUCAUCAUCCUAAGCCGAACGUACAGGACGUUUGGUCUGGACAGAUCACGGGUUGUUGCGAAUGAUGAGUUUGAUGCGAUACGUCGCUACAAUGGCGAGUUGGGGCACUGGAAGCAGACUUGGGAGGCACGACUAGGUGAACUAGCGUGUGAUCCGCAGAUUGGCGAUUAUCCAAGGAAAGGAGUUGUGUUGCACUACCACUUCGCCCGACUUCUUCUAUUCUCCGUCUGUCUGCAGGGUCUCCAACCAACCGACGACUAUCUCAUAUCUCUUGAGAGACAAGACUUUAUCAACACAGCCGUAGAAAGCGCAUGUGCAGCACUGCGUUUAAUCCUAGAAGACUCUGAUAUGCGCCGCGCCGUCGUGGGAGUUCCCUUGUACCUCCUCACCACGAUCGCGUACUCGUCAAUCUUUCUUAUCAAAGUCUGUUCGUCGUGGCGGGCUGUUGUGGUACAUCUCUCUGUAGAAGAUGUGGUCAAUCUCGUCGGCCCCAUCAUAUCUAUGCUCAAUGCGACACAAGCAUACGCAAGACAUGUAGCGCAUUACAUUGGGCAGGGUCUUAGUACCAUGCUCGACAGGCUCAAAUCGGGAGAGUCGGCGAACGAGGUGCUCAUGCCGCAAAAUGGUAGCAACAGGACGUGGGAGGUACCGCAAGACUCGCGACCAGUCCAGCAACAGGAUUGGGAUCUGAGCUACAGUUGGAUGAUGGGGGAUCAGCUUGGGAUGGGACUAGAAUACUAUCCGGGAGACUUGCUUGGGAUCAUUGGAUCGCAAAUGGCAGAGUAA